AUGUUUCCGGCUCAGGAGGAGGCGGACAGGACGGUGUUUGUGGGGAAUUUAGAGGCUCGAGUGCGGGAAGAGAUUCUUUAUGAGCUAUUCCUUCAGGCUGGACCAUUAACCAAGGUGACUAUAUGCAAAGACAGAGAAGGAAAGCCGAAGACUUUUGGAUUUGUCUGCUUUAAACACCCCGAAUCAGUGCCUUAUUCCAUAGCUUUGUUAAAUGGAAUCCGUUUAUAUGGAAGACCAAUAAAUGUGCAAUAUCGAUUUGGGAGUUCUCGCUCUUCUGAACCAGCUAGUCAAAGUUUUGAGAGCUGUGUUAAGAUAAAUUCAUAUAGUUACAGAAAUGAAGAAGUUGUGGGCAGAUCUUCAGUUCCCACACAGUUCAUUUCAACUAAUAAUGUGGUUUUACCUCAAGAAUAUUUAUUCCCUCCGAAAAUGGUAAAUAAUAUCCUUAAUUUUAUCCCACAACAGUGGAAUGCAUAUAAUCCAAUGCUUCAGCUUCCCUACUAUGAGAUGACAGUGCCACUUCCUAAUAACACAUCCUUGUCUUCGCUAAACCCUGUUACAGAGUUGGAAGCAGGACCCAGUUCUUACGAAUGGACACACCAACAACAAAAUGACUCUGACCCUUACCAGAUGAAUAAGCGAAAGAGGCAAAAACAGACCAGUGAUAGUGAUAGUAGCACAGAAAACAAUAUAGGAAAUGAAUAUAUCCAAAAGUUCCAAAAGUAUAAGAAGAAGAAAAGGUAUUAG